GAGAAAAUUGUUCAAUUAAUCUAGCCUUGGCCAGCGCUGAAAUACCGCUUGAUCAUGUUUCCUGCCGGAACAAAAGACGUUUCGUCUAGAUCGACAGAAGCUCAAAAACACAAUGCGCAAGAAUAUCCUUCCCAGAAGAAAAACGCCAUUCGGCCAAAAUACCCAGAACAAAUCGCUCAACAUGCGGCGUACGAGAAUCAGAAGAACCAUAACGCCUCGAAUCAAUCCCUCCAGUCGAGCGGCUUUUCUCGGCCGCGCUCUUUGUAUUGUUUUUAGGUA